GUUCUAAGCCGAAAUGAACCAUAUUCUACGCCCACUCUUGGACGAAUGCGUGGUGGUGUACCUAGACGGCAUCCUCUUCUACUCGCGCGACAUGCAGCAGCACGUCCAACACCUGCGACGCGUCUUCGACAUUCUUCGACGAGAACGAUUCUACGUCAAGUUAUCGAAGAGUGAAUUCGCCCUCGAGAAAGUCCAAUUCCUAGGACACAUGGUGAGUGCUCAAGGAGUUCACGUCGACCCCAAGAAGAUCGAAGGCGUACGCACUGACCAGGCAGUGGGAGCAGUCUUGAUGCAAGACCAGGGGAAUGGACUGCAACCAAUCGCCUACCUCAGCAAGAAACUACACGGGGCACAACUAGACUACCCGAUACACGACAAAGAGGCCCUUGCUAUUAUCAUCGCCUUCAAAACGUGGAGAUGUUAUCUCGAAGGAGGAAAAACAACCGUCUACACCGACCACUGUAGCCUGAAAUAUUUGAAGACACAACCAAACCUCUCCAGGCGGCAGGUCCGGUGGAUUGACUUCCUCGAGACACACUUCCACUAUGACAUCGUGUACAAGCCCGGCCACAAAAACAAAGCAGACGCUCUCACAAAACGACACCUGCUACAGUGGGACCGUGACAUCACGUACCGGAAGGGAUUAACAAAAAUCUGGGUACCCAAUUACACUCCUUCGCGCCAAUUACUACUCGAAGAAUACCACGAUGUUCUAUACGCGGGACACUUCGGUAGCAACAAAACGCUCAUCGGUAUUGCAAAGAACUACUACUGGCCCCACAUGGCAGACGAUGUCCAUAAAUUUUCCACCUCGUGUACGACAUGUCAGCGGAUGAAGAGAAACAAGCAGAAACAGGCAGGACUGCUACAGCCUCUUCCUGUCCCAGAACAGCCAUGGCAAGUGGUUAGCCUGGAUUUCAUAACCGGGUUACCAACUACCACAAACGGCCAUGACGCAAUCCUCGUCGUCAUCGACAAAUUCUCCAAAAUGGGACACUUCAUCCCGACACAUACGAUAGCACACACCGAAGAGACAGCACAACUAUUCGUUCGCUACAUCAUCUCACAACAUGGCAUUCCAACCACACUCAUCUCCGACCGAGAUCCCAAGUUCACCAGCAAUUUCUGGAAGGAACUUAUGUCUCUGCUCAGGACCAAACUUGCCAUGUCAUCUGCCUACCAUCCGCAGACAGAUGGACAGACCGAGCACCUCAAUCAAAUUGUAGAGCAACUCCUCCACACAGCAUGCAAAGGCGAAAUCUCUAAAUGGGACUUGCAUCUGCCCAUCCUGGAGUUUGCCUACAACAAUGCCACUCAUGCCGCUUCUUGAUAGACGUCGUUCUUCCUCUAUU